CCAACUUCCAGCACCACUCGCAAGCGAGGCCCAGCCCGCCGGUUCCAUCAUCUCAUAUCGAUUAUACUAACAUCAAUGGGCGAUAUCGGCGUUGAUACACGGGCCCUCUGUGCCAUUGGCGCUGCGGUCAUUCUGGCUGGCCCGGUCGCAUCUCACUUGUUCUACAGCGAUAAAGACAGGAGCUUGACGUCGCGACUUGAGCGCUGGCUUCGACCUCCGCCACAAUAUGCGCACGACUCACUUGAAGAGGGUCAAUUUCGCCUCAUUCACUUGCUCCCUGGACAUGACGAGGACGAUGUUCGGAUUGAUCUCACUAACGAGUGGCUCAAGGAACCAAUCAAAUACCAUGCCGUUUCCUAUGCCUGGGGAGAUGCCCGGGACAAAGCUUACAUCAUCUGCAAAGGGAAAGAGAUUCAAAUCACCAAAACUCUGUUCGAAGCACUGAAGCGCUGGCGCUCCCCUAUUGAGGAGGUUGUACUUUGGGCCGACUCUAUUUGCAUCAACCAGAAGAACACCUUGGAGAAAACCCAACAGAUUGGCCGAAUGUCGGAAAUUUACUCAAAUGCAGAAUCUGUCAAAAUCUGGCUUGGAAGUGAUGAUUCCAACAUCGAUGGAAUCCAGAAGGUUAUCGAGGAGGCAUCUGAGAUCAUCCCUGAGGUUGUGGACGAUCCUCAUCAGAACAGAAAAAGUGCAGAUAUCCUUGCCACUCGCAACCAGGAACGAACCCGAGACGGCAAGACUACCGUCUGGAAUCUGGACUGGAAACCUCUCAGAGCACUAAUGAACCACACUUGGUUCGAAAGAAAGUGGGUUUAUCAAGAGGCGAUUCUCAACGAUAACACCUGGCUCUAUUGCGGGAAGCUCAUGAUGCCUUUUCAACCACUCUCAGAGCUGGCCCUGAGAAUGUCAACGUUUGGAAUCCAAGCUCUGCCGAAGGAUGGAACCGUGAAUGACAACAAUGUGACUUUUCUCCCAACCCGUCUCUACAACCUUUCGAUGAUGCGCAUGAGCCAAUGGUACCGAGGCAAGCAACCUGUCACUCUGAUGGACGGCGUUAAAGCCACCAGAGCUUUUCAAUGUACCGAUCCUCGAGACCACAUUCUGGGUGUCUUGGGCUACGCAUCAGAUGUCGAGAAAGAUAGCAUCAUAUCCCGAGACAACUUAUACUCUCUCUCGGUUCAAGAGUGUUACAUACGCUUCGCCCGAUCUCAGCUGCUAGAGAAGAACGACCUCGGUGUUCUGGCAUGCGCGCCCCAGAAGCUGAUCACCGACGUUACGCUCCCCUGGUACUACCGACCUAUUUACCGAUGGAAGCGUCGAAGGCUGUCAGAUCUCCCAACUUGGGUACCUGACUUGAGGAAUCAGGAGUUUGAUGCUUUGCCAAGCUACAGCGUUCGGUAUGGCAAGUUCUCAGCCGGCGGGAUACAGCUUGGGAAAGUCGAAAUCAUCGAUGGCAAGAUACUAAGGUGUUCUGGCAUGCUCAUUGAUACCAUCGAGGAAGAUGGGAUCUCCUGGCCCGAGCUACCACUCCCACCGAAACCUAAGCGCGUCCCGUACCCGCUUGACAAGAUGGAUGCCUACUACGCCCGAAAUUCCAUAAGGUCGCUCAACUUCUACAAAUCCUGCGUUCGAAUUGCGUCAGGUUCUGAUCGCAUCCAAGACAUGUCCCCUGAACGCCUCUCUGAAUUCUGGAAGACUCUGACGUCUGAGAGAAGCCAGCUGAGCGACCGCAUCGACGUCGACCUGUCAGAGUCUAUCAAGACUAUGAUAACGAACAUGGAGACCUGGCUCGUUUCCGAAGACCCCGAAGAGGCGAAUAAGGCUCGAUUGACUUUUGUCGCGGCUGCUGUGGCGGUGGAGAUGACUAUCCUGGCUGCUGUCAGCCCACGGAGGUUCUCUCGCACAACGGUCGGUAGGCUGUGCUUGGUGCCCAGAGAUGCAAAGGUUGGCGAUUCGAUAUGCUUGCUGCUUGGUUCCGAGGUUCCUUUCGUGAUUCGACCUACGAAGGGAGGCAGGUUCGAGCUUAUUGGGGAUGCGUACGUUAGUGGGGUCAUGGACGGAGAAGCCAUUGCGUCUGGCGAAUAUCCCGAGACAGGAAUCAAUUUAGAGUAGCGCAAUCACACGUUUCUGGAAUGCCUAUGUGAGCCUUCGGAGACAACAAACAUUGGAAAAGAUGACUUUGGAUUCUCAGAUGACGUCUACUAGUGGUCAAUGAGUACAUGAUAACGGAAGACAAGUUUCAGCCCAAGCUCAAGAUCCCACCAGGUCUGUGCUCGCGUAUAUGUGUUUAAUGUGACUCCAUCGCUCGAGUGACAGGCAAGUAUCGGAAUGAUCGGAUGGUUUUGGAGAUGCGAUAGGGUGUAUGGCAGGAUCCCAUCGUUUCAUCGACGAGACAAGCUUCCAUUGACCAAGCAGACCUUAGCC